AUGCGUGACACCAGAGACUUCGCCAGUCUCUUUGCUCUAAGCAGUGCAAGACAACACGCUCAAAGAGUGGCUCGUGCUUUAGGCGUCGACCAAGGUCUUAUUCAUCUGCCUGGCGAACAGACUAUCAAUUGGCCGGACAGUGACCAGCCUCGUGCUUUUAGACAGCUUCGCUACUUUCUGUACCUGAGCGGAUGCCAAGAACCAGACUGCUUUCUGACCUAUGACAUCGCCUCGGACAAAUUGAUACUGUGGUUGGCACCAAUCGAUCCACGGAAGGUUGUCUGGACUGGUAGAGGAUCUACUGUUCAUGAGGCGCUCGAAAAGUACGACAUCGACGAAGCCCGUUUCGCACCAUCACUUGAACACUUCGUCAAGAAGUGGUCCUCAAAUAAUGCAGGGUUCAUUUAUCUGCUGCAUCCUGACAAUGCCCUUGCCAAGGAUUAUCCGGACAGGAUCGACUCGGAGCAUCUUCGACCAGCAAUGGAUGCGUGCCGAGUGGUUAAAGACUCACACGAGAUCUCUCUGGUGAGAAAGGCUAACAGGAUCAGUGCAUUGGCUCACGAGCAGGUUUUGCGAAAGCUGCGAUCCUUUAAGAACGAAGCACAAGUUGAAGCUGAAAUUCUAGACGUUUGUAUUGCCCAUGGCGCAAAGCACCAGGCUUACGAAAUUAUCGCUGGGUCUGGACCGAACGCUGCAAUCCUGCACUAUGUUAAGAAUAAUGAGGACUUUGGGGAUCGACAGUUGAUGUGUUUGGAUGCUGGAGCAGAGUGGCACGGGUAUGCAGCAGACGUCACCCGAACAUUUCCCCUUUCUGGCAACUGGCCCUCCAAGGAGGCGAAACAAAUAUACGACUUGGUGCAACGAAUGCAGACAAAGUGUAUGGAUAUGCUUGGCCCGGGUAAGCGAUUUGUCGAUGCCCAAUACGUAGCACAUCUUGUGGCCAUUGAAGGGUUGCUCGAGCUGGGCAUCUUCCACAACGGCUCUAAGAAAGACAUCUACGAGGCAGGCACGUCUGUUGCCUUUUUCCCGCAUGGCCUAGGUCAUCAUAUGGGCUUGGAAGUGCAUGAUGUUUCAACAGUGCUUACAAAGAGCACUGAAAUGGACGCGAAUGACCAAGUCAUUCCUGAGAUCACCCAACAUCUGCCGGAUGUACGAAACAACACAGAGCUUGGAUCACUGUCGACCAAUAUUGCUCCUGCUGUUUGGAACAGCCUUCUUAGCGGAACAAGCGCACCUGGUCUGCGACCCGGCAUGAUAAUAACUUGUGAGCCCGGAAUUUACUUCAACCGUGAAGCACUCGAGACCGUCUUUCUUCCCUCCCCUGUACAUUCGAGAUUUAUCAACAAGCCGGUACUCGAGCGCUUCAUGGCAGUCGGUGGGGUCAGGAUCGAGGACGAUCUUUUAAUCACUGAGGAUGGCUGGGAGAACUUGACAACAGCGGCGAAAGGAGAAGCGGCGCUCAAGAUCAUCCGCGGUGAGGCCUAG